AUUUACAGGGCGGUCUGUGUCUCCCAGACUCAGCUCUUUAAGCUUUAGGAAUGGACACUCUCGCAGAAGCCCUCGCCGGAAGCUUCUCAGUUUCUUCACAACUUAACAGUACAUCCGCUCCCCACCCACGACUGGCACAGUACAAGGGAAAAUACAGCUCUCUAGAGCAGAGUGAACGCAGGAGGAAACUUCUGGAAUUACAAAAAGCAAAACGAUUAGACUAUAUAAACCAUGCCCGCCGGCUGGCUGAAGGGGACUGGACAGAGCAAGAGGAAGAAAAGAUAGACAACAAACAGGAAAAAGAAAAAGAAGAUGGAGUGGAGAGUGAAGGGGAGGAGAUGGAUGUGGAUGCUGGCAAGAAGCUGCCAAAACAUUAUGCUAACCAGCUAAUGCUGUCUGAGUGGUUAAUAGAAGUCCCACCAGACCUGGCUGAUCUCUGGCUUCUUGUAGUGUGCCCCACUGGAAAGCGUUCCUUAAUUGUGGCAUCUAGGGGCUCCACUGCAGCUUACACUAAGAGCGGAUAUUGUGUAAACAGAUUUCCUUCACUGUUACCAGGUGGAAACAGACACAACAGCUCCACUGGCAAAGAUUACACCAUUUUGGACUGUAUAUACAAUGAGGCAUUGCGGACCUAUUAUGUGUUAGAUGUCAUGUGUUGGAGAGGACACCCAGUUUAUGACUGCCAGACUGAAUUUCGCUUUUAUUGGCUUCAGUCAAAACUUCAGGAACAGGAUGGACUUGGUGAUAUUUCCAAGCGGAACCCAUUCAAGUUUAUCGGUUUGCAGAACUUCUCCUGCUGCCUGGAUUCUAUACAGAAUGUUCUAAUGCAAACAUUCCCCUACCAGGUGGAUGGACUUCUCUUCUACCACAAGCACACCCAUUACACUCCAGGCAGCACUCCACUGAUAGGGUGGCUACGUCCAUAUAUGGCUCCUGACAUACUGGGCUUUCCUCCUCCACCAGGACCGCUUACAGAGAAGCCAGCAUAUGCACAGGAGCAGAUGCGGCAAAUCUUAGAACACAAGAAGGAAGGGAAGGGAACAGCAGAAGGUGGCCGAUAUGAACUAGAACAUCUCUCCACCAUCUCUUCAGCUCAAAUGAGUGAAGGGCUAGAAGGGGAGGAAGGACCAAAGACUUGCACCAGCCAGAAUCCCUCCAGUUCCUCUAGAAUGGAUUCAUCUUGAGCUGCUAUGCCCACUCAUAGAUAUGUAUCUUUAUUGUGGCACAGCAGCAUUUCCUCCAGUGGAAUGUUUUUGUCUAUCAUGGACAUCGCUUUCUUUGUCACAAGGAACAUUUAUUUAAAAU